CAAGGUGCGGCUAGUUCACUCAACAGGUGUCUGAGUCAGGGUAUCGGCAACGACUCUUAACGGAUUUUUUCCCUAACAUUUGUUAAUUUAACGUCGGAGGAUUACGAAAACCGAACUCAUUUGGAAAAGCAUUAGGCAUAUAACUAUUUGCUGAACUGCUGCUUUCAGAUAUAGUUGAUCUUUUAAGUUCAUUGUGAGAAGAUGGCAAAUAAAGGACUGCAGCUCCUGGGAUUUACUCUAUCGCUUCUGGGGUUGAUUGGGCUCAUUGUUGGCACAAUCUUACCCCAAUGGAAGAUGUCUGCCUACGUUGGAGAUAAUAUAAUCACAGCGAUAGCGAUGUAUCAAGGCCUUUGGAUGUCGUGCGCUUUCCAGAGCACCGGACAAAUGCAGUGCAAGGUGUACGACUCCAUCCUACAACUCGAUAGUUCUCUCCAGGCAACUCGUGCCCUGAUGAUUGUCGCGAUCCUUCUCACAGUAGCAGGACUGGGUGUGGCCAGCAUGGGCAUGAAGUGCACUAACUGUGGUGGAGAUGACAAGGUCAAAAAGUCCCGCAUUGCCAUGACCGGCGGUAUAGUCCUCCUUGUUGGAGCCCUCUGUAGCAUUGUUGCCUGUGCCUGGUUUACAAAUCGAAUCGUCCAGGACUUCUAUAACCCCUUCACACCAGUCAACACGAAGUAUGAGUUCGGUGCGGCCAUUUUCAUCGCCUGGGCAGGUGCGUUCCUGGACAUAAUGGGUGGAGGCAUGUUGGCUGCCUCCUGCCCAAAGGGUAAAUCAUCUCCCAAGUACCCCAAGUCCUCCAGACCCCCCAGCAGCAGCAAGGAGUACGUUUGAGCCAUGGCGGCAGUUCACAAGCUGGAGAAGAUCAUAAUGAAUCCUAGAGCAUCUGUAGAAGUUUCCCUAGUCAGCUGAUCUCAGAUCUGUUUAGAUUUUAAUUGUGUAUUGUGUUUGACUUGGAAUAGAACAAACAGCUAAGAUCAGUGUCCUUGGGAAAAUUUUACUCAUGCUCAGAUGCAGCAGCCCACCUCAGAAAAAGGUCACUUCUGUUUUCUUUCUUUUGAUAAGCACCAAGUCUGUUUUUUCCUAUUAUAAAUCCUGUUACUGAAGUGAGUUUGGAAAGAGAGGGUUCUUCCCCAGUAUGUCCUUAGUGAACAUUAAAGAGAGGGGCAUACUCAGGGAAAAAUCGUCACUCAUACCGCUCAUUAGCACAUCAUCUCUAUUGUAAAGCCAUGUCCUGACCUCAUCUGCCUUGCUUGCUUUGUGCAUCACUUUAUAAAUUGUGCCAGACACUGAGGUGCAUGAAAAGAACAACUUAAAAAGAAAAUAACUUUUUUAUUUGUAUUUUUUUUAAGAGCCAAGGCCAACAUGUAAAUUUCUGGUUCAAUUUGCUGCAUAAUUUCAGGCCGGUGACUGUGACAUACCAGACCUUCUCUUUCCAAACAAUACUUCACUUUAUACAAAUCAUCUGAGGGAAGUUUCGCUCAUUGCUAUUGAAAGACAGUUUUUGAAAGGAAGUAGUAAAAUACUGAACUACUCAAAGAGAACUAUAAUGGAAUCGAGUGGUAUGUUGAUGGAAUUAGAUUGAAAUUGCUGGCAUGCAUAUAGAGCUAGACUGAAACUAGGUGGAUAAACAAAAGCUUGACUUUUUUGGGUGAGGCUAAAGAUAAAGAAACUAAAGCACUAAACUUCUCAGUUAAGUCAGUUUUUUUUGGGGGGGGGGGUAAAUCAAAGAAAUGGCUCUUAUUUAUGCAAAGUGAAACUUUUCAGUUGCUUUUGUGCUCCAGCUCCUCGGUGUCCUUCCUGUUAUUCAGCUAAUGCUUUUGACACUCCUUUCAUGUUUUAUACACAAUUUAUUGGUCAGUAGAAAAGGCUGUAGAUAUUUGCUUGGGUUUUAUCACAGCUGGUUACAAUCCAAGACUCGCAUGAAUCAUGUGUCUCUUUAUAUCCACAACAACAUGAGCAUGUGACAUGCAAAAACUGGUCCUCUAUGGGGUUUUUUCUCUCUCGUUCUUUGGUCUUUGUGCUUGGACCACUUGAGGUGGGUCGCCCUCAAGUCUAUUUAGGAUAGUCAUAUUAUAUUUGUAACCAGUUUAUGCAAAUAUUUAACUUUUUGAAACGUUUUUGACUGUUCAGUUUGCAAUUUUAUGUAAAUAAAUUUUUUAAAACAAGA